CUAUAUAACAGCCCUGUCCACAGAGGCCUGCUCCACUGUCUCCUGUGCACCAUGAGGACAUUACAUGUCCUGACACUUCUUUUGUCAGCAGUACUGUUUUGCAGUGCUGCUCCAGCUUUGGGGCCAGUAACUUGCAGUGAAGGUAAAGGUUCUGUGACAGCACAUGUGGCAGUGCAUCACAUCAAUGAGCAACAUGACCACGGCUACAAGUUCAGACUGCAUGAAGUCCAAGGCAACAAAGUCGAACAGGUUGAUGGUGGAUGUAAUGUAGAGUUGAAGCUGGAACUUCGGGAGACAAGGUGCCACACCAUCAACCCAAAACCCUUUGAGGACUGUGAAAUCCGUGAAGAACAUGAGCGGGCAGUGAUGGCUAACUGCACUGUUUUGAUGACCGUAAAAGAUGGUGAUGCCAAAGUCACCAAAUAUCAGUGUGUCACAAAACAAGUAACAAUGACGGCCAGGUGCCCUGACUGUCCCAUCCUGAUUCCACUCAACAACUCUGAAGGUCUUCAGUCUAUUCGUGAAGCAGUGAAUGAAUUCAACAAGAACACCAGCAACCAGCAUUACUACGUCUUGAAGGAAGUGGGACGGAUAUCAUCUGGGUACGUGAUGACAACAGGAAUGAACUACUAUGCUGAGUUUGUCCUUGUGGAGACUCAUUGCCCGAUGGGCUCUAGAAUAAUUCCUGAGGCCUGCAUUCCACUUUGCCCUGACAGAGCUCGUCAUGCUUCCUGCAGUUCAUCUAGUUCCGAUCAAAAUGGACUCCUGUCUGUUGAGUGUGAUUUCUAUCCUCCAUUGAACACUACUGCCCUUGGGCCUGAUGAGAAGGAGCCUACAUGCAGACAUCACCGUGGUCACAGCCACAGGCACCCUCACCAUGAUGGCAGUGGAGGCCCCCCACCACAUGCUCACGGUCACGGUCCUCCUCCUCAUGAUGGCAGUGGAGGCCCCCCACCACAUGCUCACGGUCCUCCUCCUCAUGAUGGCAGUGGAGGCCCCCCACCACAUGCUCACGGUCCUCCUCCUCAUGCUGGCAGCGGAGGCCCCCCACCACCUGCUCACGGUCACGGCCCCCCUCCCCAUGCUGGCAGCGGAGGCCCCCCACCACAUGCUCACGGUCACGGCCGCCCUACCCAUGCUGGAAGUGGAGGCCCCCCUCCACAUGCUCAUGGUCACGGCCCCCCUCCCCAUGCUGGUAGUGGAGGCCCCCCUCCACAUGCUUGUGAUCAUGGUCAUGGCCCCCCUCCACAUGCAGGUGAUCACGGUCAUGGCCCCCCUCCACAUGCAGGUGAUCACGGUCAUGGCCCCCCUCCACAUGCUCAUGGUAAAUGCUCUCCAUUUCGCCGACACUUCCGUCCCUGCCAUGGAUUCCUAGCUAAUCCUGACCCAGCUCUCCACCCCAUUUGCCCUUGGCCUCUUCCCCACCCCAAACACAUACAGUCCUGAAUUAUUCACACAUUGGCAAAUCAUGUACAAAAAUACAGCACAUGCUUAAUAAACCAUCAAUGUGUUUACUACAUAAAA